AUGUUAAAGGCUACAAUUGGUAUAAUUUUAUUUAUAUGUGUGAAUAUAGAUAUUAUACGUACAACAAGUAGGGACAAUGUGGUAAAUACCAAAUUUGUGAGACAAAAAAGUCCAACUUAUGAUCCAAACAAGAAAGGGGAUGUUAUUUUUUAUAUGCCUGAACACAAAGAUGAAAUACAUAGAGCCAAUAAUAAGAGCGCGAAUAUUAAUUUAAAAAAUAACCCACCACGUAAUAUUAAUAUAGGGUACAAUACAGCCCCAGGAGUAAAUCAUGGAUUUGGACAGUUUUCAGGCAAAUCAUCAAAUAUGAAUAAUGGUAUUAACACAUAUAAGAAUCAACCAAAACACUUUCAAUCUAUGAACUACCAGAAAAAUGGACCCUUUGGAAAUAAAUUAGAACAAAUGAAUAUUCCAGCAAAUUUAUAUAAUAAUAAGAAUAAUUCAUAUUAUUCUGGUAGCAAUAAUGGAAAUAAUAAUUCCUAUGGAUUACAUGGUAAUAUAUAUGAUAAAAUAAAUAGUAGUGUAUAUAACAAUAGUAAAUAUAAUAAUAGUAAUUUUAAUACUGAUAAAAAUAAUAAUGAUAAUGAAAAUAAUAAAACCUAUAAAUCAUACUUAAAUUUGUAUGUUUCAGAUAAUAAAAUAUCUCCUAUUGGAAAUAAUGGAAGGCCUGGACAUUUGAUAAGUCAUUUUAACAAUCCUAACCAAAAACUUGAGUUUUUACAUGGUUUUGAUGGAUUAUUUAAUCAAAACAUACCUGGUAUGAACCAUAAAGGUAAUUAUGGAUUCAAUGGAGUAAAUAUCAAAGGACAGGGAAAAAAUGAGAAAUUUGAUAAUUAUGGCCAAAAUUUAGGUCUAAAUAAAACCAAUGAAUAUCAACAAAUGAUAAAUGGCAAUAAUAUGGGAUCAGAUCAUAUUUAUGAAUCCCCAAACUUUGUAAAUGGUAACAAUAUGGGAUCAGAUAAUGCUGGAGAAUACCAAAGACUGGUAAAUGGUAAUAAUAUGGGAUCAGAUCAUAUUUAUGAAUCCCCAAACUUUGUAAAUGGUAACAAUAUGGGAUCAGAUAAUGCUGGAGAAUCCCAAAGACUAGUAAAUGGUAACAAUAUGGGAUCAGAUAAUGCUGGAGAAUCCCCAAAAUUGGUAAAUGGUAAUAAUAUGGGAUCAGAUAAUGCUGGAGAAUCCCCAAAAUUGGUAAAUGGUAAUAAUAUGGGAUCAGAUAAUGCUGGAGAAUCCCAAAGACUAGUAAAUGGUAACAAUAUGGGAUCAGAUAAUGCUGGAGAAUCCCCAAAAUUGGUAAAUGGUAAUAAUAUGGGAUCAGAUAAUGCUGGAGAAUCCCAAAGACUAGUAAAUGGUAAUAAUAUGGGAUCAGAUAAUUCUGGAGAAUACCAAAGACUGGUAAAUGGUAAUAAUAUGGGAUCAGAUAAUUCUGGAGAAUACCAAAGACUGGUAAAUGGUAACAAUAUGGGAUCAGAUCAUAUUUAUGAAUCCCCAAAUUUUGUAAAUGGUAAUAAUAUGGGAUCAGAUAAUGCUGGAGAAUACCAAAGACUGAUAAAUGGUAAUAAUAUGGGAUCAGAUAAUGCUGGAGAAUACCAAAGACUGAUAAAUGGCAAUAAUAUGGGAUCAGAUCAUAUUUAUGAAUCCCCAAAUUUUGUAAAUGGUAAUAAUAUGGGAUCAGAUAAUGCUGGAGAAUACCAAAGACUGAUAAAUGGUAAUAAUAUGGGAUCAGAUAAUGCUGGAGAAUACCAAAGACUGAUAAAUGGCAAUAAUAUGGGAUCAGAUCAUAUUUAUGAAUCCCCAAAUUUUGUAAAUGGUAAUAAUAUGGGAUCAGAUAAUGCUGGAGAAUACCAAAGACUGGUAAAUGGUAAUAAUAUGGGAUCAGAUAAUGCUGGAGAAUACCAAAGACUGGUAAAUGGCAAUAAUAUGGGAUCAGAUCAUAUUUAUGAAUCCCCAAAUCUUGUAAAUGGUAAUAAUAUGGGAUCAGAUAAUUCUGGAGAAUACCAAAGACUGGUAAAUGGUAAUAAUAUGGGAUCAGAUAAUGCUGGAGAAUACCAAAGACUGGUAAAUGGCAAUAAUAUGGGAUCAGAUCAUAUUUAUGAAUCCCCAAAUCUUGUAAAUGGUAAUAAUAUGGGAUCAGAUAAUUCUGGAGAAUACCAAAGACUGGUAAAUGGUAAUAAUAUGGGAUCAGAUGAUUCUGGAGAAUACCAAAAACUGGUAAAUGGUAAUAAUGGUGUGAUACCAAAUUUUACCGGAAAUGACCAAGAAAUAUUUAAAAACAUUCGUGGCUUGAGACCAGUAAAUCAUGAAGAGUUGUAUAAAAAUAAAAUGAACCCAUUAAUAUAUAAUGCACAUGGAAUGCAAAGUGGUAAUAAAAAUGGUGCACCUAAUUCCACAUCUGAUUAUGUAUCUGAUUAUAAUUCUGAUUCUGAUACCGAUUCUGAUUCUGAUUCUGAUUCCGAUCUUGAUUAUGACUCUGAAUCAAAUGAAUCAAAUGUAUAUAAAAUAAAAACUAACAAAUUAGAAAAUGACAAUAAAGAUGGUAAUGGAAAUGUAAAUGAUGCAAAUUAUUAUAAAAAUCAAAUAGACAUCGCGAAUAAAAACCAUGGGAACAGAUAUAAUAGUGAAAAUGAUUAUGGAGAUAGUAUGCAUUCGGAUAGUGCUUUAUCUUAUGAAAGAGAUUUAAGCUCUGGAAAUAGACAUGUCAAAGAAGGUUCUAAUGAUGAAAUAAAUAUAUUUUAUAGAGAUAAUGCUCAAGAUAGAGAAACAAAAGAAAAGUUAAUGAAUUCGUCAGAAUCGGAUAAAGAUGUAGAAAACCCUUUAAAUAUAACAAUUCCAGAAGAAAAUGUAAACUAUCAUUUUUCCAAUUACAUGAAUUUUGAUAAAAAAAAUAUACUUACUUCCAAUGAAGAAGAAUUAUUAAAAAUGAUAGGACCUGAUUUUUCAAAAGAAGUAAGUAAUUAUUGUAGUAAAAAAUCAAUAUUCCCUUCGAAUGGUAAAUAUUUGGAUGUUUCUUUUGAAUAUUCUAAAGAAUUAGGAAAAUUAAGAGAAAAAAUGAUGAGUGGACUAUUUAAAAAGAAAGGCAAGUUAGUUACUAAAGAAAAUAAUAUUUUAAAACAAAUAGAAAACUCUUUAAAAAUGGAUUAUCUGGAAAGACAGCAGGGAUAUGUAAAUUAUGGUUCAAAAUCUAAUGAAUUAAAAAAUGACGAAGAAUCGAUGUUAAGCAAUGAAUAUAAUAAAUUAUUAGAAGAAUAUAUUUGUCAUAUACUUUCUAAUAAUCCUGGUAAAACUCAGUUUGAAAAAUUAUAUUACCAUAACCUAGCAUUAGGAGAAAUAAUGAAGCCAAUAAAAACAAAAUAUAAAAAUGCAGCAACAUUGUCUAUUGCAUUAAAUUAUGAAAUAUACAUUGUUUCUUCUUCAAAUAUUUAUUUAUUUGGACAUAUGUUAUUAUUAUCAUUAGCAUAUCUUUCUUAUAAUUCAUAUUUUACAAAAGGAACAAAAUCAUUUUACUCAAUGGAAACAAUGUUGUUAGCAAAUUCAGAUUAUUCCUUUUUUAUGUACAAUGAAAUGUGUAAUGUUUAUUAUAGACCUAAUAAAUCAUUUAAAAAAGAUUUAACAUUUAUUCCAAUCGAAUUAAGACCAGGAAGAUAUACUACAUAUGUCGGAGAAAGGAAAAUAAUAUGUAACACAUUAGAACUAAUAUUAAACGCCAUAUCUCUUAUAAACAUUAAUGAAAUUUACAAUGUUUUUCAUAAGAAUAAUGUUUAUGGAUAUGAAAAUUCGGUAUCUUUUUCAAAUAAUGCAAUAAGAGUAUUUUCACAAGUUUGCCCAAGAAACAUGGAAAAAAAUAUUAUAAAUUGUAGUUUUGAAAAAUCUACUUUAUAUAAAGCAAAUGCUCCAGAAGAUACAAAUCAAAACGAAUAUCAAAGACAAAAUCAAAUAAAAAAUCAAAAUGAAUUGAAAAAAGCAUUUGAUCUAUUAAAUACAUUUAGUGAAAUAGAAAGUUUUUCAAAUAAUAAUUAUCAAAAUAGUUACUAUAUAAAGCUUAUUAUGGAACAAAACUUAUAUACCGAUUUUUAUAAAUAUUUAUUUUGGUAUGAUAAUAGAGAGCUUAUAAAAACACAUGAAAUAAACGGCAAAAAAAACACAAAAAAAACUUCAAAUUAUAUUUAUGAUCAAUAUAUAAAAACUAAUAGAUUAUUAGAAAAAAAAUUCAAUGUACUUUCUAAACAUAAUUUGAAAUCGAAAGGAUUAUUAGCAUUUCAUUCAUUAAUAGAUAGAUAUUCAGAAUUUGUUAAAAAUAAGAAAAUUAGAAAUCUAUAUUUAAAAUUUGUUUCAUAUGCUCGACACUUUUUAUUUAUGAACAAUACAAUGAAAUCUCUAAACAAGUCAGAUCUCGAUUUUAUGAAAAUGAUAUUCGAAGAAUUACAAAAUGAAACAAAAGUUCCACUAAAACUUAUAGUACGAGGUAAUUAUAUGAAGUCUAUGAAUGAUAUAGCUAAAAAAGAAAACCUUUUUUUUAUUAAUUUAUUUAUAUUAUCAUUAUUUUCAAAUAAAAAUCCAGUUAAAAACUUUUAUAAUGGAAAGCGAGAAAUGUUAAAAGCUUCACUUUCUGAAAAAUUUGCGACGUCUACAUCGGCUUUUAUUCCACAUAAACUUAGAAGAAUUGUAGUUGGAAUGAAAAAGGGAUUUUUAAAAAGAAAGUUGUUAAAAACAUUAAUGAAAAAUCGACUUUUACAACAUAUACCAAUCGAUCUGUUAGAAAAUAUUAUGACUACUUUCCGAUUUACAACACAUGCUAUCGCAACUAGUGAAUUAGCUCAAAAUGCACAUCGUACAUCAAAAUAUUUGAAUUCUAAUAACACAAGUAAACUCGAAUUCGCAAAAACUAUCUUUUCUAAAGGAGGUUUUCCACAAUACGCUGAUAAAUUAAUGGAGAAAUGGUUUUCCAAAGGUUUUGAAGAAUAUAAAAAAGAAAAAAUUGAUAAUCAAAAUAUGGAAAAUGAAGUUGACAAAGAAUUAGAUCAAAUUAAAGAAAUGUUUAUACCUGGUUCAAAUGGAAAACACAAUUCCAACACUCCACCUCAUUUGAUUGAAAACAUAAAUACAGAUGUUAACAAUUCAUUGGAUAACCAAGAUAAAUAUGAUAAUACAUUGGGAAAACAACGAGUUGAUAAAUUAAUUUAUAAUGAACAUGACAAAUGGGAUCAUUAUAUAAAUAAAGAGUAUGUAAAGGCAUUAGGCGCAUGGAUAGAAAUUCAUAAAAAAUCAAAUAAUGUUAUGGAAAAUAUACUUCAAGCUGUAGAAGAUAGUAAAUACCUUUUGGAAAAUAACAUAGAGGAUAGCAUAUUUUUUUCUCGAACUUUUAAAGCAACUAAACAAUCAGCUUUUAGAAAUGUACUUAAUAAAACUCUUUCUCUUGGAAAAAUGCUUUUAAGAAAACCUAGUUUCAAAGUGGACCAUGCAUUGUGGUUUGGUGCCACUAUAAAUAUGAAAAAGGGAUUUGCUUUAUUAGAAAAAGUUAGCGAAUUACAUAAAUUAAUACGACAUGAAGAUGAAUCAUGGUUAAUUAAUGAGGCCUUUAUUGAAAUUGUCGAUCACAUAAUUGCAAUAAGUACACCUAGUAGCAUAUCAUCCCGAGCAGGUUAUUUAAGUAAUCCAGGAAUGUUUCAUAUUAAUCCAUUUUAUCAUCGCUUAUCAAAUGAGGAAAGAUUAAAAGAAUUACAACAAUAUAUGUGUUAUGAUCAUUGUUCGUCAUUAUGGAAAAUGUUAUCAACAUUUGCAUUACAUCAUUUAAAAAAUCCAGAUAGUUUACAAACUUAUGAAGAUAAAUUUUCUAAGAAUUCACUAGGCAACAAAAUGACUGACAAAGAUUUUGUCAACAAUUUUAAAAUGAUACUCGGAGGAGACGCUGCAUUACAUUUUUAUGAUAAUUUACUUCCCAAAUCAAUGAAAAAAGAAUUAAAGUCUAUGAAAUAUGGUGUAUCAUUAUCAUUUUCAUUUUCACUAAAAUUAGCAAAAAUGGUUUUUGGUGAAAUGCAAUUACCUCAUUUAAGUCACAUGUUUUAUGCACAAGCUCCAUAUUUUGGCCAUUUUAUUGGAAAAUGGCAAAAGGAAAGACAACAAGGUAGAUUAAAAGAAAUUUUAGGAGCUAUGACAUUAGGAACUUUAUCGACAUAUACUGUAUUAAGUGCUAUGGAUAUAACACAACAUGCUACAGAUAUUGGUAUGGGACCUAGUACUAGCUGCUAUACAUCUCUUUUACCCCCACCAAAAAGUAUAUGUAUACAACAAACUGUUAAAACUGUAUUAACUAAUUCAACAUUAGCAUCUAUGAAAAGUGUAUUCUCGGUUGGUUUAUUUGCUGCAAUUACACCAUACAUGUUUGCCCCAAUGGCUGGUUUAGCUGUGUGGAGUGUAUUAAAAUCUCAGUUUAAAGUAGUAAAUAGAAUUGAUAUGGCACUUAAGGGAGCAUUAAAAAAUAUGUGGAACAAAUUUAUGUCAUUAAAAGGUAUCCGUAGAUUAAAAAAUGUAUUCAAAAAAAUAAAAACGAUAAAGAAAAAAAUGAUACAAAAAACUGAAAAGAAUUUAGCCGAAAUACAACAAAACCCAGAAGCUGAACAAAAUCAUAAAGCAGCCGUCAACGAAAUCCAUAAUAAUACAAGGGGUAAUUAUCACUAUAUAUCUUAUGCUAAAAUCGUAGUAUAA